AUGAAUGCGAUCGAAUCUCCCAAACAGUCACCCGCGCCGAAUGCGCUGGCGCAUUUGACCAGGGUUCCGAUAGCUCAGCUUUCUCCCGACCUUGAGCAAUUGGCUGAAUGCUGUUUUCUGGCCGCUGUAGCACUGGUAUGGCCAUACUCAUCUUCGACCAAGUCUGUCAGCCUUCUGUUAGCAGAGCCGGAUUUCCGCCUGAGGGGCGCCAAAGGACAAAUCAAGGUCACAUUUCAUGGAAACCUCGCAGAAAAGGUCGCGGAAUCGCAUGUCGGAAUCGGGGAUACCGUUUGUAUGGCCUUGAAAGACACCAAGUUUGUUAGCAAUGAAAGCACUCAGCAAACCCCAGGAAGGUCUGUCGCGUGGGAUGCGCACUAUGAGAAUGGCGGGUCUCUCGAGAUCUACCGAUCUUCCCAAUCCCCGUUGAUGAUAUCGGUUGAGCCGCAAGUGUCAGCACCGCAUGAACCCGAGCUCGCACCGCCUACAACACCUAGUGGGAAGUUGAUCAAUCCCGAACUCGACUUACCUUCCAGUGCACGCCCCUGGGGAUCACCGGUAUUCCUCAAGUCUACUCGAACCUCAGUCGGAGGAACAAUCCGUUCCGCUUUCGAUCCUUUUGUGGAAGAAGAUGGAUUUGUGCCAGGGAAAGGAAGAAAAAAGCCGAGGUACAGCUUGCACAGGGAAGAUUGGCGUGUUAUCAAUGAACCAGAAAGCCCCCAUGAGCAAGAAGGGCCGGUGGAUUGGGAACAGGUUUUGAAUCAAUCUAUCGACCAAGAGCUCGAGGCAGACUUGGCGAGUGAGCCUUCAGAGGAACCAGUGACGGAUGCUGCCCAAGCUCCAGCAUACACAGAGGAUGCACCACAAGAGCCGCUUCAACUAUUUGCAAAGCCUUCCCUUGAAUUUACCGGGAGCAUCCUUGAAAGACGUGCCGGCGAGUCAAAUAUUUUGUCCCAUGAACAAGUUGAUAAUCAUGGGACACCUCUUCAUCUGCCAACGGAUACACCGCAGAUUCGACCCAUCCCUUCUCCUGGGCUUCCGGUACCUUCGCCACUCAUAUCUAAUCAUUCUGGCUCCGCAGGCUAUUUCCUGCCAUGGACCGCACCCACGCAGCCUGAAGACAUUGAAUCUGUUCCUGCGGAAGCGGAGAUCACAGCAACGCUCGCAGAAUCGUCCAGCGAGACCCAUGAUACCGAUGCCAUCGAUCCCAUUCUAACAGAGACAGCUGAGCCAGUUGAUCCAGAUAUUGAACUCAUCCAGCAAGAACAUGUCCUGGAUGCCGGUUUCGUCUUCCGCGAUGAUUCAACAUCAGUUCCAGGCUCAGAAGGUUUCCCAGAAGAACGGGAAGUUGAGAUAAUCGACCUCCCCAGUGUCAACGAUGAAUCAGCCGCUCAAGCUGAUUCUAAUACCGAAAAUCCCGCCGACGAAGCUCAAACAGAUGAUAAAGAUGAUGAACGUCUGAUUGAUGUCGGUUACCUAUGGCGCGAUGAUUCAGCAUCGUCUUCGCGCUCGGAUGAGGACUCGGAAGAUGAAUCACUCGAAUCCUCACAAGCAAUCGAUAGAUCAGAUAAUCCUCAAGCUGAUCCUGGCAUCGAAACUGCUAACGAGAAUGUGGGAUCUCCUCAACAUCCCGGUGGAUCUCAUGAUGAGGAAAGUUCUGAGCCAGCGACUCAGUCGGUGAAUUAUCCCCAACCUGCCUCCGCCGUUGAUCAGGAUGCGAUCGAUGCCCUCGGAAGAAUGAUAGCCAUUCGAGAGGAGGAACUUGAAAGGAAGAGAGAUACGGACGAGGAAAAACAACGCGAAGAUCAUCUCGAUGGAUCAUCUCUGGAUAAAGGGGAUUUCGAUCGAUCACCUGGUCAAGAAUACACUGAAGAAAAGGAUGAAGUAUUUUAUGCGGAGUCAGUGGAAAAUUACGAUUCACAAAAUGAAUAUGAAGAGGACGAGGAUGACGAUGUCCAUUUUGAGGCUCAUUUGGAAUCACAAUUGGACGAAGAUGACUCCAGCGAUGAAUCCAGCGAUGAAAAUUCUGAGCAAGGACAACAGCAUCUGCCUGCGCAGACGGGAAAGCAUGAAUUAAUCGUGUUGGACAGUGACAGUGAUGAUGAACCUGCCUCCAAUCAUCCUGAAGCCUCAGCUUCCCAGUCAGCAGAUCGCUCAUACCGCUCUGAAUCUGGGCAUCUGGCUGUACCCCCAGCUACAGCCAAGCUUGCAACGGGUGUACAAGAAUAUCCAGAGCCAUGGUAUGUCGAUGGAGAGGGUGGCUAUCAUGGAGCCGUGGAAGAAUAUUCCGAUGUUGAUGAGGGCGAGGAGAGCGAAGCAAGUGAAGAGCGCGAAUACAAUCAACAAGAUGACCAAGUUCACGAGAGUGACAUGGAUGAUGACGAGUCAACCCAAGGCCAAUAUGAAACGGACUAUCCAUCUGAAAUGGCGUCACCCGACCCUGAUGAGGACGAGGAUAAAGAAAUGGAAGAUGCGGAGCCCAUCGGAGAAGCUGACAACGACGAAUAUUAUGCUGCGACCAGAGUCGACGCACAGGUAGAAGUGGUCGUUGAUCAGGACCCUGAUGAGGAGCAAUUGAGCAAUGUUGAUCCGAAUUUGCUUCCUGAAUCUCACCAUCAAGGUCCCUCCUCGGAAAUGGCAUCACCCAACCCUGAGCAGGACAAAGACAAAGAAAUGGAAGAUGCGGACCUCAUCGAAGAAGCUGACAACGACGAAUCUGAUGCCGCGGCCAAACUUGACGCACGGAUAGAAGUGGCAGUUGAUUGGGACGCUGACGAGGAGGAACCAAGCCCUGUCGAUCCAAAUUUGUUUGAUAUGUCUGAAUCUCAUCAUCGGGGCCCAUCCUUGGAAAUGGAAAGCCAUGCUGAGCAGACUAUCAGUGGGAUUCCUUUAUCUCCCGGAAAUGUUAUGGCCGAUUCUCUGUCGACACAUGAACCGACCAUCGGAGGACCUGAGCCUCUUGGCGGUCGAGUUUCGCCGUCAGUUAUUCCUCCAUUUGAGCGACAGCUCCUAACCCCAGACCCCACGCAGGAAAAUGCAUCUGCACGUGAACUGGGUUAUGAUAUUCAACCUGAAAUUCCAUUCACGAUCGAAGAAAAUGAACCUCCUACUAGUCUGGAUGGAAUGUCACAGCCUGCGGGCUCCCCGGAGUCUGAACAAAAUGACGAUAUCAGUGCAGAACCCAUGAAAGAUACCCAACAAGAGAUGCACGUUGACGAACAUGACGAUGUCUUGGCUCCUUCGGAACUCGCCGAAGCUGCGGAACCUCCAGCAACGCCCGAACCCGGCCGCUCUGUGGAGGUUGUUAUCAGCACCGAAUCUCCAAGAACACCGGCAGUUCCCGUUGCACAGCCUGCAUUUCCCGACCGUAAUGCCUGUGGACUACGUAGCAAGCUUUCCUACUUUGCCCCGCUUGCUACACUCAUCGAUCAUUACGAUACUUUGGUCGAUACCAUCUCAAUCGUGCACGAGGCUUCGCUAAUAACCCGAACCAAAUCCGGUUCGAAAGACUGGUUCGUGACUAUUCAACUUACUGAUCCCUCCAUGGCUGGCACGACUCUUCAUGCUCAGAUUUUCCGGCGAUACAAGGCCUCAAUGCCGUCAUUGGUUGAAGGUACCGCCAUACUCUUACGUGACUUCAAGGUCCGGAGCCUCGAUCACACCAUGAUGCUUGUCAGCGUGGAUUCCAGCGCAUGGGCCGUAUUCGACGGAUCUGGUCCCGAUGCCGAGACGAACGGGCCCCCUGUAGAAUAUGGCUCGCAGGAACGUGCCUACGCGUCUGGCUUACGUCGGUGGUAUGAGGAAGUUGGCUCGGAUAGGGUCGCAGACCGUAUGCUCCAGGAAGCUAUCGCAAGAGACAGUCAGGAGCGCGAUGUGACACCAAGCAGCCAAGUGCCAAGCGAAUCAGGGAGCCCAGAUUCCAGACGAGGCUCCCAGCGUAAGCGCAAAAGCAAUCGCCGAGUCACUAUCCAUGAGCUGCGGGAUGGUACUCGUUAUACCGAGGUCGGGUCCCCAAACAGUCGAAACAGCAGUGUUCACGAGUUACGCGACGGAACGUUGUAUGCCAAUAUUUGA